AUAAUCUGACAAUUUGUAAAUUUUCACUAACAUGUGUAUAUGCUUCAAAAAUUAUAUUUCUGCGAUAUUCAAUUUAAUUUUUAUUUUCAAAACCGGAAAUUAACAUUUUACUUAACAUAUUAUUCUUUAUCUAAAUCAUAAUGAACAUGCCAACCUAUCAACAAUUUGGAUUAUUGUUUUUGAUCGCAAUACUUCAAACAGAAUGCGCACCAUCCGAAAGGAAGCCUAGACAAAGUCCUUUCGGGGGCGGAAUGGGAGCGAGCCCAUUCCAUUCCGGGCACAGUGGUGGACCGAUGUCUGGACCCAUGGGUGGAAUGGGUCACAUGGGACCAUCUAUGGGAGGGCCGACGAUGGGUGGUCAGAGUCAUGGAAGUUCGAGCUCUAUGUUCAGGACGUCAGUAGGCCUAGGAUGUGUUCGCCAUAAUAUUGUAUGUCCAAAGUGGUGCCUUGCCGUUGAUUCUAAUGGUUGCAAGUCAUGUCCUUGUGGACCAGGUGGAGGAAUGAACGCUGGUGCCGGUGGUCCAAUGGGCGGAGCUUUGCCUGGUAUUCCGAUGGGUGGACCAAUGUCAGGCAGUCCAAUGGGUGGAGCUGUGCCAACGGGCGGAGCUAUACAAAAUGGAGGUAGUCAUGGCAGUAGUUUCGGAAGUGGUACCAGUGGAAGCGGAAAUAGUGGAACUGUCACUGGAAAUGGUGUUGGAAGUGUUGGAGGCGGGUCUUAUGUUGGAGGCGGGUCAGUCAGUUCAACUUCAACACAAACCUUUGUUACAACUAAACCAGUGAAAGAGUGUGCGGCGACACUUUUAUGCUCGUCCACGUGCAAAGAAUAUGUUCUUGGCAGCACGAGCUCUAGCGGAUGUCGAUCAUGCUCAUGUCCGUCAAGUCACCACGUGUCAACAACAACUGUAAACUAUAUAGUCCAGACAGUACAACCUGCCAAAAAGGAGUGUAGUGUGACAGCAUAUUGCAUGAGGUCGUGUAGCGGAGGUUAUGUCAUGUCUAAAACUGAUGGAUACGGAUGUCCGGAAUGCUCUUGUCUAAAAGUUGAAAAGCCUUAUGUUCCACCCAUCGAAAUAGCUGUAGAGCCACCGCCAGAGAAAUAUCAAUAUCCUGUUGAAAUCGCCGUUGAACCUCCACAAUAUACGCAACAGGUUCAAACAUUGACUCUAACUUGCGCCGCCCACUCGUGUAACAGUGGCUGCACAGUUGGCUAUAAAUGUGGCAGAGACGGAUGUCCAUCUUGCGAAUGCAUCCACCCAGCUGUUGUCGGACUCUCAACGGUUCAUCAGGUUUAUAUUGAGAAGCCCGUCCGGUGCAGAAAUACGCUGGCAUGUCCAUCAAGCUGUAGUCUAGGGUACAAGUGUGGUAUUGACGGUUGUCCAACGUGUGAAUGCCUCGUUGCUACGACAACCAAUUACAUACAAACUCGACCUCAAUACACUGCCCAAACAUGCACACAUACACUUACAUGUGCCGCAACGUGUACGCACGGAUAUGAGCUGUUCACUGACGGCAUGAGUUCCUGCUCUAAAUGCGCGUGCAAACAAGCUGUUUAUGCUACGAAACCACAAUAUACUGUUGAGCGACCAGGACCACAAUACCAGAUAGUCCAGUGUCCGAGCACUGAUUCGUGCUCAGGUGAAUGUCCUUACGGGUAUGAAGUGAUAAAAACUGACGGAGGUUGCCCAAAGUGCCAGUGUAAACAAGGGCCUUUAUAUUACGUCAUGAAGCCAAGUAAAUCUUGCGAUAAUUGUGAGAAGACAUAUUACGGUGACGUCAGCACGCAUAUCAGUAGUGGAAGUGGCGUCAGUUACGUCACUGGUACAGGUAUCAGUGGAAUGACCAGCACGGGAUACGUUAUAUCAAGUGGUGGUGGUGGGGGAGGCUCGAAUUACGUUUUAUCAAGCGGUAGAGGGGAGAGUUCGGGAUACAUUUUAUCAAGUGACCGAGGAGUCGGAGGGAUUAGCCCCGGCUAUAGAUCCAGUACGGCUGGUAUAGCCAUGUAUGGAUCGAGCGAUUGCGCACCUUUGCCGCCAGACUGUCAGCCAUCUUGUAUAAAGUAUGAAACGCCACACUGCAGGAAAUGUGUCUGUGAAACAUCAUAUGUGAGAUAUUCCCAAGGAUAGUGGAAAGUGGUGGUGUAUCUACUUAAUUGUAAAAAUGCUAUAUAAAACAGUGACACAUAAUAUUGCAUUUUACAUUCUUUAUUGAGAAACAUGGAACAUAGCACUUGUUGCACAUCAAUUGUAAUUUCCUUCAUAUCAAUUUGAUUCUUUGCCUUUGAAAUAACAGCUCUUUUUGUUACAGGAAAUUUUAGAGAUAAAUAAAAAUACAUUUAGUUUUAAACGAAAUAUUGAUAAUCAAACAAAACUACUGUAUAAAAUACUCAAUCAAAUAUUUAAGAAGUUUCUCAUUUGAACACUAUUUUUCAUCUAUAAAUUUAAAAACACUUCUGUCAGUA